ACUAGGAAAAAAGCAACAAAAUAAACGAUUCGCAUGUGACAAUAAGAAAAACAAAUAAAUAAAAUAAAUAAACUGGCUUCAUAUUAAUCAAAACAGUUUGUGUUAAAUAAAUACGUAGAACAUUAGCAAAGUGCUGAUUGAUUACUAAACACAACUACAAUAACAAAUGUAUAACGUUUGACAGCCGACAGAUAGAGAAACCGUACAAGGUGUUAAUGAGUGUCAGUGAGGUGACUUUUUUCGCAACAACAAAACAUUUGCAAAUUGAACAAAAAAAAAAAAAACAAGCAGAAAAAUUUGUUAGAAAAUAAAGUGAAAAUUUGCAAAUCAAAAGAAACACUAAAAGAGUGCGCUUGGUUGUGAACUAUAGAGUGUAAAAUAAAUUGGUAAACAUUUAAUAACACAUAAAACAACUACAUACAAUCGAAAUGGGCAUCGCAGUGAACGAUCCAGAAGAUCCUGCCGGCUAUGAUUGCGCAUACGAAAGAAGCAAAGAGCAAAAAGCAAGAACAUGUAAUUGUGCCUGCAGCUGUGACAGCAGAAAUGCUAGCAGUAGCAGUAGCAGCAGUACAGCAAACAGCAGCAGCAGCAGCACAACAAGCAAUAGUUGCUGUAGCAGUAAUAACAACAGUCAUAGCAAUUGCAAACACAUCGGUAACACGCUCACACUCACAUUCGCCAACAACAAUAGUUACGGUCCGGCGUGCAGCUAUCAACAUAGUAAAACGGAAAUGCUAAGCACACCCUCGACGUCAGCGCCAAUCACACGUCCAACUCGAGACUUGAUUGGCAAUUCGAAGGAAUAUCGUAUAGAGAGUAAUAAAAGUGAUUUGCGCAUCAUUGGCAAUGGCAAUCGGAUACGUAUCGGUUGUAAUCAGGGUAAUUUACAAAUUAUCGGCAAUAAUACAAGACUGAAAAUCACAAAUAACACCGGCGGCAUACGUUAUACGGGCAAUGAAGGACGCAUAUGUUUGGGUAGUGAUUCGACACAACAAAUAAUCGAUUACAUAGGCAAUAAUGGCAAAUUGAAAGUGGUAAAGUCGUCGGAAAUGUUAAGUGAGCAAAGUAAAAGUCACAAACAAAAAAUCCCCAAAGAGUUUGGCAAGACGGAGAUGACAGCGAAUACGGAGAAAACUUAUUGUGACGCGUCAGCAAAGGUCAAUAUUAUUGUGGAUAGCGGCGUGUCCGCGACGGCGGCAGCGACGGCAACUGCGAACAGCACGGCAUUUCCGUCGUAUUCAACACCGAAAAAGGUUAAGGUGAAAUCAGCUUCCUAUGGCGGCGAUUAUAGCGCGCAAUGGCGUCAAUUUAGUGAGUUAUUCGAAAAACAUGGUUGGCGUAAUUUCGCUAGCGCAUCAAUGCCGAAUUUGAAGAGUGAAAAGGUGGCGAAAAAUAAUAUUGGCGAUGGUAAAAAGGCUGAGCAAAGUACUAAGCAUAGUAAAAGUAGUAGAAUUAAUGCAAAAAGCUGUAAAAUUGAUAGUAGUAUAAAUGUAGUAAGUAAUUAUGGUAAUAUUUGCAUUAAAAAUGCUGUAAAUGUUAGUAUGUAAGCCAGGAGAUUGAGGUUAAAGUUAAAAAAUAAAUUCUUUAAGCACUAUUUAAAAUAUACAAACAUAUAAAAGAGUGUAUAAUUCGAAAUUGUUAAAUUCAGAUUUGGGUUGAAAGUAGAAAAAUUUGAAGUUGUUUGCAAAAAUAGCUAAAAUUUUGUUGAAAAAAGAUUAAAUUAUAAAAUAGAGUAUCAGCUACCAAAUUCAGACCAAAACAAUAGGUAGUUAAAAUUGGUUCAAAACGAGUAUAAAUUUAAAAAAUUAGUCAAAAAUUGGCUUAAAUAUAUAAAAAAAUAGUACGUUAAAGUAAUAGCAACAAAGCUCUCUAUAUAAAAGAUUACAAAUGACAUGCUCGAAACAAGAGAAUGAGUCUUAAAAUAUUUUUACUGAAUUAAAUACACAUGCUAGUGCUUUUGAAGGUGGUUAAGACAUAUAGAAUAUUUGAAAAAUUAAAAAAUAAUAAUAACUUUCGAAAUAUGAUUUUUACUGUAUUAAAUGCCAACAAUACCUCUUGCCUAAUGUUUCUAAGCUUAGUUUAAAAUUAUAUUUUUAACAAAGUAGGCAAAAUAGAAAUUAUAGACAAAUUAAUUAAGCUAAAAAGUUGCUUAAAACAUGUUUAACUAAAAGAAAAUAUUUAUUUGAGUAAAAAGGCUUACAAAGAAACUUAUGACUACCUCUUAAGUCUCUCUAAAAUAAUUUUAAUUUUUUUUAACUACCAACUGUUCCUAAAAACACCUAGAAAAAUAUAGUCAAAUUUCAAGAAAAAAAAAAUUAAAAAAAAAUCAAAUGAGUAAAUGAAAACACUGAAGGUAUUUGAUUAAUACGCUUCAAAGAAAAGUAUUAUGGCAAUAACAAUAUCUUUAAGUGCAUAUAUAUUUAUGUAAUACUAACAAUGGAACAAAAUUGUACAGCAUAUAUUUAUCUAUAUAUUUGUAUGUUUAAAAAUCUGAUAAAUAACUAAUGCAAAUUAUUAGCUAAAUAAUAAUUUAAAGCAAUUGUU